AUGAGAUUAUCGGUUCUGCAGAUCUUCUCAUUGGCUCUUGGUUACGCAUUUGCUUACUCGGGCGCCAUCGCAGGCCGUCCAUCAUCCAUAAUUGUCGAUGCCCACAAGAGGGAACGGCUUCAGGAUGUCGUGACAUGGGACGAGUACUCACUCUUCAUCCGUGGAGAGCGGGUGAUGAUCUAUUCCGGAGAAAUUCACCCAUUUCGCAUACCCUCACCAUCUUUGUACCUGGAUCUCUUCCAGAAGGCCAAGGCUCUCGGCCUCAACACGAUAUCGUUCUAUGUCGACUGGGCACUGGUAGAGGGGAAGGCAGGCAACUUCAGCGCGGAAGGAAUAUUUGAUCUUCAGCCGUUCUUUGAUGCUGCGACCAGAGCGGGUAUCUAUCUCAUUGCGAGACCAGGGCCGUACAUAAACGCUGAGGUUUCAGGUGGUGGCUUUCCCGGAUGGUUGACAAGGCUUCAAGCUCGGUUGAGGACGUCGGAGCCUGAGUUCCUUUCCGCAACGGACAACUAUAUGGCAAGGGUUUGUGACAUAAUUGCCAAGGCACAAAUCACCAACGGAGGCCCGGUCAUCCUGUUCCAGCCAGAGAAUGAGUACACCAAUUUUGAAAAAGAACGGAAGCCUGAUGGCGAGUACUUUCAGUAUGUCAUCGAUCAAGCCCGAAAUGCCGGCAUUGUUGUUCCGAUGAUUAGCAACGACGCCAGGCCAGAGGGCCACAAUGCUCCUGGGAUGGGCAUUGGGUCUGUCGACAUUUACGGUCACGAUGACUACCCACUGGGAUUUGAUUGUGGGCACCCUGAUGUGUGGCCGGCUGACAGACUUCCCACCAAGUACCGCCAACGACACCUGCAGCAAAGCCCCGACACUCCGUACUCAAUAUUAGAGUUUCAAGGCGGAUCUUUCGAUCCAUGGGGCGGACAAGGUUUCGAGCAGUGUGCGGCCCUUGUAAAUCAUGAAUAUGAGCGGGUAUUUUAUAAAAACAACAUGGCAGCUGGCGUAUCCAUCUUUAAUGUUUAUAUGCUGUUCGGCGGGACGAACUGGGGCAACCUGGGACAUCCUGGAGGUUACACUUCCUACGAUUACGGAGCGGCAAUCAAAGAAGACAGAAGUCUCACAAGAGAAAAAUUCUCUGAGCUCAAGCUCCAGGCCCAGUUUCUAAAGGUUUCGCCUUCAUACUUGACAGCACGGCCGCGCAACAUGACCAGGGGAUUCUACAGCACAAACACAAACGUGGUCGUGACUCCAUUAUUGGGAAAUAACACAGGUUCAUAUUUUGUCGUUCGACAUUCGGACUAUAACAGCACGGCCACUACGUACUACACCCUGCGACUACCGACAUCAGAGGGUGUCAUUGCCAUUCCUCAGUUCCCUAGCCAGCUUCAAAUCGGUCGUCGCGACUCCAAAAUUCAUGUGGUUGACUAUCGGGUUGGGAACAUGACUUUGCUAUAUUCGACGGCAGAGAUAUAUACGUGGAAACAGUUCCCAGACAAGACGGUCUUGCUAGUUUAUGGAGGACCUGGUGAAAUCCAUGAGAUGGUCAUCAAAACGACAGCAUCCCCCUUGCUUAUCGAGGGUUCAAACGUUAACCAAAAUUACUUGAACGGAAACUUGAUGCUAACGUGGCGGACGUCAACUAGUCGCCGCGUUAUACGGGUUGGCCAUCUUUAUGUUUACCUGCUGGACCGAAAUUCGGCAUAUAACUACUGGGUACCAGACAUGCCUGGAAAAGGUGGUCAACCUGCAUACGGGACGUCGCUCAUGAAUCCUGAUUCACUUAUACUUCGAGGCGGCUACCUUAUUCGAUCCAUAUCAAUUCAGGGCGAAACCCUCAAGAUACGGGCAGACCUCAACCAGACGACAGAGCUGGAAAUUAUCGGCGUGGGCCCCGGGACUACAAAGCUGGAGAUGAACGGCAUCUCAAUCCAGUACAUGCAGAACAACCUCUCCAACUGGGUUGCAAACACAUCUCUUGUGGAUAACAAGCCUGCUGUGCCAGAGUUGGCCGCACUGAGAUGGGUUUACAUGGACUCUCUCCCAGAGAUCAGCCCAGGAUACAACGACUCGGCCUGGACGAUUGCCAAUCACAACACAUCCAACAACACAGUCGCCAACAUCACCACGCCAGUCUCUCUCUUCACCUCAGACUACGGCUUCCAUGCUGGUACCAUAAUAUUUCGCGGCUACUUUACCGCAAACGGUACAGAAAAUACGUUUAAUAUCACGACCCAGGGUGGAUCGGCCUUUGCAAGCUCCGUGUGGCUCAACGAUACCUUUCUCGGCUCCUUCUCCAACGGCCCAGACGCCUCGGGGGAUAACAACGCGAAUUACACCCUCCCGGAGCUCACCGUGAACGCGACUUACGUGCUCACCAUUCUCGUAGACACAACAGGACUCGAAGAAAACUUCAUAAUCGCCACUGACACGAUGAAAAUCGCACGCGGAAUAAUGGACUACAGCAUCACCUCGCCAUCAGGCUCCCAAACGAACAUCACGACGUGGAAACUUACAGGAAACCUCGGCGGCGAGGAAUACGCUGACCGUUUUCGCGGGCCUUUGAACGAGGGAGGCCUUUUCUUCGAGCGCCAGGGCUACCACAUCCCCUCACCCCCUUACUCGGCUUUCACCCUACGGUCUCCAUUCGAUGGCACCAACGCACCGGGGGUAUCGUUUUACGCGACAAAUCUCACGCUAGACCUCCUCGCAAGAGACCUCGACAUCCCACUAUCAUUUGUCUUCGACAGUAUCACCACCGAUAGCGGCACAAUAGGGGCUUACCGUGCCAUUCUCUACGUCAACGGAUUCCAGUAUGGCCGGUAUGCAAGUAACAUUGGUCCGCAGACAAGGUUUCCCGUUCCAGAAGGUAUCCUCCGUUACCAGGGAAACAACUGGAUCGGCCUCGCGGUUUGGGCCCUUGAGAAGGGCGGGGCAAAGGUGAAGAACUUCCGGCUCGAGGUCGAUGGCACACCCGUCACGACAGGGCGAGAGGACGUCGAGAUUGUCGAGGGACCUGGGUGGACGAAACGAGCCGGGGCAUAUUAG